UCCUCUCAGUCUGUCUCUGUCUCGCUGGCGGGGCCGAACCUCGUAUAUGUGUGUAUGUGUGUUUUUCCUUGCAAUAAACAGCAGCAGCAGCAAAGUCGAAAGCCUUCGUCAGUUCAGUUUGAGCAGCCGUGCAAUAUAUCAGUGCGUGCUCCGAGAGAGAGAAGGCCCAAAAAAAAUAACCGAGCGCAAGAGAGCCAUAACCUCUUUCCACUCAGCUCGCUCUUUUGAGGCUGAAAUUCCGCGAGUAGUGUAGCUGCUACUCUCUCACUCUGCACUCAUGCUGCGAGGUUAGGAAAAACUCAAAGCUCGUCGUGUGUUAGAAACUGAUUAGCAUUUUAACUCGGUCGAGAGCUAGCUACAGCACACAGCAGCCAAGAUGUGCGAUCAAACUAUAAGCACUACGCAAAGCAUCGCCGACUACCUGUCGCAGUUACUCAAGGACAGGAAACAGCUUGCUGCCUUUCCCAAUGUCUUCAUACACGUCGAGCGUCUACUCGACGAAGAAAUAGCCAAAGUGAGGGCGAGCCUCUUCCAAAUCAGCGGCGUGAAGAAGGAUCCACUGGUGUUGCCCGACGCGGAAGGCGAGGUGACAACGCUCACGGAAAAAGUCUACGUACCUGUCAAAGAGCAUCCAGACUUCAAUUUUGUGGGAAGGAUUCUAGGACCACGCGGUAUGACAGCCAAGCAGCUUGAGCAGGAGACUGGAUGCAAAAUCAUGGUCCGAGGCAAAGGAUCGAUGAGAGACAAAAAGAAGGAGGAGAUGAAUCGAGGUAAGCCAAACUGGGAGCACCUGACAGACGAACUGCACGUUCUGCUGACGGUCGAAGACACGGAGAAUCGCGCCAAAUUGAAGCUUGCGCGCGCCGUCGAGGAAGUCAAGAAACUUCUUGUGCCCGUGCAAGCCGACGGCGAGGACGAGUUGAAGAAGAGGCAGCUAAUGGAGCUCGCAAUCAUCAACGGAACUUACAGAGACUCCAACACCAAAGUCGCCGCAGUUGCAGCGUUCGAGAUUGCAGCUUGCGACGAAGAGUGGAGGCGCGUUGCCGCUGCCGCUGCUGAGAGCCAGCGUCUUCUGCCAGGCUUGGCAACGCAAAUGCGCACGACGAACGCGCCGCUGGGCGCGCCACUGAUCCUGUCACCAAGGAUAUCGGUGCCGACCACCGCCGCAUCGCUGCUCAAUGGUUCCGGCCCACCAGGAGCAUCACUCUUGUCGGCCGGCGAUCCACACGCUCUGAUCUACGCGCCGUAUCCCGAUUACGCCAAUUAUGCUGCAUUGGCAAGCCCAUCAUUACUCACCGAGUACGCCACGGCUGACCAUUCUGGUGCAGCGGGCGCUGUGAAGCAGCGUAGGCACUUGAGCCAGAUACGAGAGCACCCCUAUCAGAGGGCGGGCGCGCUCUCGUGAGAAGGCUUGCGGAGUGCUAACAAUGGAGUUAUCCACACUCGUCUCGUACUCUAACACCUGUAAGGACCGACAAAAAUCUAAUGGACACAAAAAACAAAAAAAAACAAAAAAAAACAAAAGAAAAAAAACACGCAGAGCGUUCGAUCGCGACCAAUCUCGCUCUCUCACAUUUUUUCUCUCUCUAUCUCUCUCACUCGCCGCCUCAUGAUAUUGGAGAUACACGCGGAGAAGAACAAGUCACCUCUUCUUUCUUGAUUUUUUUGUUAAUCCUUUCAUCCUUUCCGGAAAACAAUAAUUUUUGAUUAAUUUAUUUUGCAAAGCAAUUUUACAAAAAGUUUUGGUAGUUUUUUCUUUAUUAUUUUUUUUUAACGGUAUAGAUUCUUUUUUGAAACGCUUAGUUUUUAAAGAAAACGAACGUUGCUUUUUUGAAACCUUUUUUAUUUAGCUUUCGAUGCGAUGCAGUGAAUUUUAGUAGAAAACAAAAGGCAAUAUGUUUUUUUUCUCCUUCCUACUUUGUCGAAUAACGAGAUUGAGAGAGUACCGAGUUUUUAAACGGGAGGACGAUGGAAGAACAAAUAGAGCUAGUACGACGGAGGAUGGCAACCCCACAAGAGGAGGAAUCUCAAGUGUACUUACGAACCGAAGAGAGAGAAAAAAAUAAUGACGGAGAGUAGGAGGCGACGAUACUCAUUAAUUAUUAGCUUCCCGAAGAAGAAGUCGAGCACAGGUGAAGAUUUAACAAGAAAGAAAAAUUAUAUGUACGAGAGGCGCCCAAUCUCUUCUUCUUGGCAAUAUUUUUAUAAAAAUACGAGCAAUCGAAUUUUUAUUAGUCUUUAAGCCGACACGCAAAUGAUAACAUGUAGUGUAGAAAGGUCGAUAAUCUAUCUAUUGUUAUGAACAAUUUUUUUCGCCGUUUCGCGCGAAAUUAAACAAAGAGUAUAAAUAUAUAUAUAUAUAUACAUAUAUAUAUAUAUAUAUAGAUAGUUAUAUGUGUUUAAAAAAUUUAAGAAAAAAAUACAAAUUAUAUAAGAGAUGCAUAUAUACGUAUUUAAAUACAACACAUCAGCGUUGUUUGAAGCCGAGGCAAGAGACGCUCGAAGAGAUUGUUCGAUUUACUUAAUAAAACAACAACAAGAAUAUGUAGAGUGUGCGAAAGAAAAGCUACGGAGAAACGUGAGGAAAGUAAAGCUAUGUCAAUUUAAGUCGCGGAGUAGCAAGCGAAAAAGUUUAAACAAAAGAAUGGGCUUCGCGUUGUCGACGAUGCGUGCGCGCACACGCGAAUAUAUUUUUUGUUAAUUCAGUUUUUGGGGCCUGCCAUACGAUUUAAUUGUAAGGACAAACGUAUAUAUGUAGUUGAAAUACGUCUCAACGACUGUCCCCCUUCAAACAGCAGACAGGCAUACAAUUUACAAAAAGAUAACUGUGUGUAAGAAUUUUUAUUUUAUCACUCGUAAUAUAGUUUUAUGUUAGGGUUUAUUUCUCUUCUCAUUAUUGUAGAUCACCUUUACAUACGCAUUUUCUUUUUGUUUUCUCACUGUCCGUGCGACCCAAAGGAGAUUUUCACUGAACAAAACAUUUCUAGAGUAACUAAUCGUUAAGGCAGUUCUUACAAUCAUUAACUUGAGGGUUGUUUUCUUUUUCUUUGACAGAGUGUAAUUUUUCGAAUUUCAUUUCGAAGUGUAACUUGUUGACCAUAUAUCAAGAACUAAAUAUCAAAUUUGCUUGUUGAAUUUUAGAAAUUUCUCCGCCGGGGUCAUAAGUGCUUUAAAAGCUAUGCCUUUGUACAUAAUUAAUCACUAAGUGAUUUUCAAUCUACUUAAGUUUCGAUAUCAUUUGCAAUAUGACAUUUUGUCCGUUUAAUUAAAUCAAUAUACUGAUUCAGUUUAUAAUUAUUUUACAGUAUAUCGUACACUACGUAAAUUUACCAUAAUCAGUUUAAGAUUGUUAAAUAACGCAAUGACUGUUUUCGUUUUUUCUCUAUACAAUGUUACUGGAUGUUAAUCCUGUCAGAAUCAGCACUCGAUUUUAAAUAUGAAGAUAAUAAUACAUAUGUUUUAUCGCACAACCAACCAAAUCAAAGGUUCUAAAAAUUGCCGCAACUCUUAAAUGUAAAGAAAAUGAAAAUGUUAUGUUGCAUUAUUUAAAUGUUCAAAAACCAGUUGCAAUAAUAAUGUACACAUUAGUUGUGUAGUCUUACAAAAAUUCUAUCUUGAAUAUUGCAUAGCUCUUUUUUGUAUUUUAUAGCGACUUCGGCAUGUGCCUUAGAUCUAGUGCAAAAUAACGUGGCAAUAAAUAAUUACUACCCAUUGCUAUUAAUAUUAUUUUUAUUAGGUUAAAUAUUUAUGUCGUAAACAUUACGGGCAGCGUUGCAAAUUCAUUAAUAAUUUUUAUAAAUAUAUUUAAAGAAAUCUCUAGAAGAUCUGAUUAUAUAAUCAUUAUUAUAAUUUGUAGAUUCUAUUGAAAAACUGAAAGAAACGUUAGAUGAAUUACCGUAUUUCGUGUUUUUUUGACUUCGAAAAAGUUUAUAUAUAUGUGUGUAUGUAUACGUAUGUAUAUAUAUGUGUAUAUAUAUAUAUAUAUGUAUAUAUACAUAAUGUGUGUGUGUAGAUUUUUUUGCGAUAAGACUAUAUCAAGAAGAAAGGUAUAUAUAGAAAAAAUAUAUGUAUAUGUUACAUGUACUACAGAAAAAGUUGUAUGAAAGAUAAGUAGGAAAUGAAUGAGGGAAUCGACUCGUCUGGAGAAAAUCCUUUUGACAAAAAGCAAUAAUCAGUUUUAUUCCUUUUAAGAGAUAUAGAAACUAUAUAAGUCGUCAUUAUCUGACAAUAGAAAUAUAUAUAUUCGUGAAUCAUUUUCUUUCUUCGUGUCAACUUAAGUAAUAAUAUGUAAUGUGCGGUUUUACAUUUGAACAAGCGGAAUCUCACGUUCGCGCUUUUUCUUCUUCCUUUUCUGUUUCGCUUUUUGCACUCGGAAUGCCAUCGAUCGCAACGAUCGAUGUACUUCUACGAAUAACGUGCCUUAUAUAUUUCAUGUUUUUCUUGAUUGUUUGUUUGUAACUGAUUUGGUUUGAGAAGUUCUACAAAUUAUUGAUAUGUGUUAACGAGAAGAAAAGAAAAUAGGCAAGUUUAAAGUUUCACAAACAUGCCGGUAGAGUUUUCUUUUUGUUUUUUUUUUCUUUUCUAUUCAAAGAUCUGCGUGUAGUAAGAGAGAAAUUAACGAAACUUUAUCGCACAAAGUUCAGUGACAGAGGCAUAUUUUUAUUACUUAUAUUCAACUGUUAUAAAAUGCGAUAAACAGUUAUAGCAGCACUGGAAUAAAAUAAAUGUCACAAAACGUAUCAUUUUUUAU